AUCGAACACACCAUGUGUGAAACCUGGCUUCCCUGAACUCAUCAGGCUCAAGAGCCAGCAGGGAGAAGACACAUGGAGAAAGAUACAUCACGGGUGUUGCAGCUGCUCCAGCCCCGGCCAUUUGAGUCCCCCCAACCCUGUCGCCAGACACAUACAGGUUUCCAGGCCAUUUUGUGCUGGCUGCCAUCUGGAUGUCCUAGGCCGAGAUGGAUUGCAAGCGUGAUUCAGUUUUUCUGUUUAUUAAACAUUUACUGUCUUCUUUAUUGGAAUUUUUCUUGAAUAUGAGUUUCAUCCUAUAAAACUUGCUUAGCGUUUAAUUAUCAUAACAUUUCAAAGUGUCUUAUUGUGACUCUCCCGUGGGAGGAAUACCAUCCUGAUUUCGGCACACUGAGGGACACUUCAUGAAUCAGAGUUGAGGCCACUCAAGCCUGACUGCUGUCCAGAUGAGUCAUAAUGCAAACUGUGCACCCUCAUUUGGCUCUGACUCUGGCCUGGGUUAGUGGGCAGCAGCCUCAGAGUCCCUGCUGAAUGGACAGGGAGAACACAGCCUCUGGAGGGAAGAGGAAGAACUGUGCAGAUCACCUGCCCCCACUGGCGUGCACUGAAGACAGAGUCUUUUUCAGACAACAUCAGAAGCUUCUCCAAGAACGCUCCUCCCAUUAUGAAGCUGCUCUUUCUUCUCUUUCUCCUACUAGUAUGUCUAACCCAGACAGCAUCAGGACAUCAAAGGCAAAGGAAAUUCCUUGCCUGUGAAAACAUGGGUGGUGCCUGCAAGCACCAGAAAACACACGGGUGCUCCAUCCUGCCCGCACAGUGCAAGAGUCGGAAGAAACACUGCUGCCGAUUGUAAGUGCACAGCCCGCGAGCGCCCGAGAA